CUUUUGGAGUUUGUUUUUGCGUGUUUCGUUUCUUUGUUAGCUUGGGUGCCGCGCGGUUCGGUCUUUCUUGAUUUCCUUUUAAUGUGAUAUUGGUAAAGGAUGUCCAAGUGCGGAACAACUGGGUCCGGGAGCACGCCGAGCGAAGGUCCCAGCCUUGAAGAAUAUGCUGCCUCCCUUGCACGACGAUGUCCUGGUCUCCCAGCACCCGAGAAGCUCUGCUCUGACCUACGUAACAUGAAGAGCAGAUGGAGCAAGUCCAAAAUCAACCUUGAUCUUCCAUGUACCGAUGGUCCUGCCAGGUGCUGCCACAUGCUUGGACAACUGUCCCUCUGGAAUGAGUUCCUCUGCGUCCUCUGCAUGGAAGUCAAAGAAAAGGUGCCUGGAAAGCUUGGCGUGUUUCCUCUAGACACCGAGGAACCACAGCAUUGCGACAUUUCCAAAGACCAUGCUUGCUUCCUCCUGCACUGGCUCAUUACGCAGCACCGUUGUAUCAGAACCCUCCGGCUCAACCGGAGUUUCUUCACUCUAAGCCACCAGCUCCUUUGUGACGCCCUUCGUGCAAGUUGUGGCAUAGAAAGACUGGAGCUCCGUGGAUCAUUUGAGCUGACUGAUUGUGCCAGCAAAGAUCUCCUGACAGCAGUUGCAAGUCUGAGAAAACUGGAGGUGCUGGUUGCUGUGAUGCCGUCAAAAGAUGCGUUUGUCCUUCAUGCACCUUCUCUUGGGGAGAUGCAGUCUCUGACACGGCUUGAGAUUCGCUGUGUCAAGAUGACAUGUGCAGAGGCAGAGUCAUUGCUGCUUGGUUUGAAAGGCAACAGGACAAUUUCACAACUUCAUGUUGAUAACUACUGCCUGCUGCCUGGAGAUGGUAGGGCAUUUGGAGAGUACCUGGAGCAGAAUACCAGCUUAAAAGAAUUGACCAUGGAGUCUGUGUAUGGCAAUGAAGUCAACCCUGAGCCUUUUUUCGGAGCACUGAGAGUGAAUAGGGUGCUUUGCAAGCUGGCACUGAAUGCAUUUAACCUUAAUGUACCUCACUCUCAGUGUCUGGUGGAGGUUAUGGGCGAGAACACCACACUGCAUCGCCUGCACAUUGAAGGCUUUUUUGAUCCGCUGCCUUUUAGCAAAAUGAUUGAGCAUAACACUGGAAUCCUGGAACUUGUGCUAAAGCGUACCCCAAUUGGAGAUAUCAUUCCAUUUGCAGACGCUGUUCGUCGAAACAAGACGAUGGAAAAGCUAACACUGAGUUGGCAUGGUGCAGUUGAGGGGGCAGAGCCUUCUAAGGGUACAGUUGUGUUUCUUGAAGCUUUAGCUAGCAAUAGAACUCUUAAAACAUUCACCAUGGAAUGUAUGGGUGAGAAGGCAAAGCACUUCUAUAAGGCUUUGGAGAGUACAAGAACGGUGGACAGGGUGUCAUUCCGUGUAAGCCUUGGACAUCCAGAGACACUUCAAGGUAUUCUGAAGGAGAGCACGAAACUGUCGGUUCUUUGGUUGGACUUAGGUGGUUGUGACAACACUCAAGUCCUUUGUAGUGCCUUUGAGCACCUGGCUUCUUGCCAUUGGCUCACUGAGAUCGCCAUCAGGAAGGAUGAGUGCCUGAAAAAAGGCCCAGCCGUACACCUGGCAAGGCUUUUUUCUUCAUCCAAGGUUCUGAAAUCAGUCUAUCUUCGUUUAAGUGCAACAGCGGCAGCCACAAGGUGCCUUCUCGAAGGGCUGUCCAAGAAUAGGAGCAUCACAUCGUUGAAACUGAAGGACGUGAGGCUCAGAUUGCCUGAAUUUGACAUGCUGAAAGCAAUGCUCGAUGUCAACACGACCCUGCACGCUUUAACCCUGUUAGGAGAGGGUUACACGACAUGCAAGUUGAUAAUGUCAGAGCUGCCACAUUGUCUCGUGAACAACCACUCCUUGGUUAGUGUGCAUGUCGCCAUGCUUGACGAGUUUCCUCGCGCCAUGUUCAGGAUACAAGACAGGAUGCGGCUCAACUCCUCAUUUCAGCUGCGUGCAGUGGAGUUUGUGAUGGGCAAUCAUCAGAAAAGUUCUGCCAUCGCAUUUGAGCAGCUGUCUCACUGUGAUGUGCUGGUGGAAAAGCUGCGAUACCUGACCCACGAAUCAGAGUGUGAGGCUAGGAAGAGAAUAGCGGAAGCCAAGAGGUACCUUGCUGUAAACUUCAUGGCUGUUGCCGGCAUCGUCACGGAGGACGUUGUCUGUGCCAUGCAGAGCGAUGGUCAGACUCAGCUGGACCAGAUUGGUCUAGAUAAUUGGCUCCGGAUCCAGUCAUACCUGAAAGUAAGCGACAUACUGGAUGCACCAGUUGGAGACAUGGAGAUGGUGUCUCCUUCGGGAGAGCGUGUCCUGAAGAGGAAGCUGGGAAACGAGGCUGAUCUGAUGUAGUUUCUUUAUGUGGCUGUCUGUUAAGGCAGUCUAUAGGUCCAGUUCUUCUUCAGUUGUACUGUGUUUGAUCUGAUUGAUACUGUGAUAUUUGACCACUGCUGGAGUCAGAUUGCUUUUUCUCGUUUUAGUAGGUUUUGUAUCUUGCGAUUUUAAUUUUAACCAGGUAGUUAACCUGAAUCUUGUUCUGAAUGUUCUCAUCCUUGAAUAAAUUUAAAUUUUAUCUGCUUUUGAA